AUGGCUCUCUACUACGCAUUGGUGUUCGGAAUCCUCGUCACAGAGAUGACGGUGUUCGUCGUGCUGGCUCUGCCCAUCCCCUCGCGCUUCCGCCGCCAUCUGACCGUCGCACUGGUCAAGCCGUUCCAGCUCACACAGGUCCAGGUGGCCACCAAGUGCGUGCUCGCGUUCAUCCUGUUGCUGUUCAUCGACACCAUCAACCGCGUCUACAACGUGGAGCGCGAGCUGCGCGCGGCUGGGCUCGCGACCGGCGCCCAGGACCGCGUUGAAAUCCAGAGCAGAAAGUUCUACGCCCAGCGCAACAUGUACCUCACCGGCAUCACGCUUUUCCUGACGUUUGCCGUCGUCCGCACGCUCAACAUCGUGUGGGAGCUGCUCGGACUAAAGGACGAGUACCGCGCCAAGCCCGCCGACCCCGCCAAACCCGCGCAGCGCGACACCGCGGCUUUAGCCGCGCAGAUCGCCGACAUCGACAAGCAGAUCGCGCAGCUCAAGGAGCAGGCCGAGAAACUGCAGGCCGAAAUGUAG